AUGGCACAGGCGGGGGCUGGCCGGCCGCAGCGGGGCCGGCAUUGGCGCGGCGGCGCUUCACGGCGGCGGCAGGGGCCGCGAGGGGCCGCCUGGGCCGGGCGCGGCCCCGCUCCCGCUCCUCCCGCCCUCCCUGCCGCCCGCCCGCGCUCUCAGUGCGGCCCGCCGCCUCGGGGAGCCAUCUUGCGCCGCCACACGACCCGCCUCCCGCCCUCCUGCCGCAGCCGGCGGGGCCGUUCCCAUGGCAACGCGGCCGCCCCGCCGCCGCCGAGGCACAAAGGAGCGCCGGGGCCGGGCGGCAGGUGCGGAGCCCCGGGCACCGCGGCCCCGAGGGGCGGCCGGACGACCCUCGUCCUCCGCCCGCCGUGCGGCAGCGGGCUCCCCCAGGGCCGCGGGCACCGAGAGGAGCGCCGCCGGGACAAAGCGCUGCGCUUAGAGCAGCGUGAGGGCUGGCUGCAGCACGCAGCGUUCCCCUCGCGGUCCCUGCGGAACCCCGCUGAGAACUCCCCAGCUGCGGGAAGUUCCAACCGGCGGCGGCCGCCGGCUGUCACCGUAACCCGCAGUAAAAUCCUUCAGGUGAAAGGACAGCAUCCUGCCUCACUCGCUGACGGCGCUGGCGUUCUUACCCUGGGAACAAACGCUUACAGCGGGGGUCGGUUAGCACACACACGACUGGGUGACCUGACGGCCCCGCACGGGACAGCCGCAGGACAGGGCGGUCUGUGUGAGGAAGGCACGUACCUGAGCUGCGGCCGCACCCCGCGCUGCCAGCGGUGUGAGCACGGCUCCGCAAGGCCACGGAAUACAGUCAGCAAGGAAAAACCCCUUCAGAGAUUGCUUGAGGGCUACAGAUGUUUCAAAACUGUGAAAGUUGGUGGAAGAGCACCCUGACUGCACGGCUGGCAUGGGACUGAAACGGGUGGAAAAUAGAGUGGAAGAAGCAACAGCAAACCUCUGCCCUUCUGCCUCCACAACGGGCUCUUGGCUUUGCUGUUUGAAAGGAGCUGCAUCUUCACACAGGCUUUUUUCUUACAUUUCCUGAGAGUAAAUGUCAACUUCCCCUCGGGUUUCCUUGAAUUACAUAGCCAGCUUUUUCUCUGCCCCUACUCCAACAUCUUUAUCUAAUGACUGCUUGUUUAUACUGCAAGCGUUUCCUUGUCCACAGCAAGUAAUACUUUGACACGUCAGGAAGAAAUCAGAGGCACAAAUCAGGAGGAAAAAGCACCCGAACAGCCCAGAGUUCUCCAAAGCAGAGGUCUGUUCUCCCACACCUGGCUUUUUGAACAGACGUGGCAACAGUGUCUUAGCCACAGCUCUGGGCACUUCCUUAGCAAGCACUACUGCGGCACCUUGCCGUUGCUUCACAGGGAAGCAAGGAUGAUCGUGGUAUGUCGUUUCCCUUGAAGCUCCCCCUGUUAAGAAGUGGUUUGUUAGCACCAGGCUUUGUAGGAGAAACACUGUAUACACUUGAUGUGUACACAAUACACUUGCUGCCUGGUAGGAACAUUCUGUGUGUAUGUACCGAGGCUGUACACCCAGAAGAGCGACACAGAUGCAGGAUGCUAUUCUCCUCUCCCCUCCUUGUCCUUCAGCUGCUUCCUCACCUCCUCCCCUGAGCCUCACGGCUCUUUACAUUCCAGAGGCAAUUACCAGUGCUUUAUUCUCUGCAUUAGAUCCCCUUACUGGGAUUUAGGGCUGGCUGCCAGUGUCUACCUCUCCACUGUGUCCCCUGCCCCUCCUGUGCCCCUUGCUUCUGAUGCGGGCACAGGGUGCAGCCCGCUACCCACCGUUGUCCUCCCUUGAUCCACCUGCUUCGUCUGAGGGCCUGGUACAAAACUACACCUAAUUACCAGACAUUUAUUCUUCAAACCUGAACUAAUUCAUUCAUCAUAUGUUGAUAAAUGAGAUUUUAAAAUUAAUUACUGACAUUUAUAAAGAUUAAUACCCAACUGUAAAGAAAGGUUUCCAGCUUGUAAAUCCAAUAUUACAUGAAGGAAAAUAAACAUAAAUUAAAGCCAUCCCCUAAUAAUGGGGAAUAGUAAAAGCGGAGGCAUGGUGAAAUGUUACCUGAUGAAUAGGGGUAGCAUCUCAUGACAGCUGCCCCUUGGCAGCAGGAGGGCAGCUCAGCAGAAGCCCAAUGCAUAACUGGGGGUGGCUGUGUUACUCAGUGCAUCCAGUUUGCUCCAGUUAGGUUGAUGCUAUGAGACAUGAUGCCGUUUUGGAUUUUGAUGGCAUCAAAGAGAAAAGCCCAUUCUCCUCUAUGCCACCUGAGCAGAGCCCUUCCCAAGACACUUCUUUAGGGCUUUCACAUUACGGCUCCCACUUAAUGGGAUUUCCAAGGCAUCUGCAUAAAUGUGAUGAGAAUUAUAUCACAAACUAUAGGUGGUACGUAGUAAAUUCCAUCUGUGGAUCUUGGAAAAAUUAUCUUAAGCUUUGAUGUAAUUUCCAUUAAAAAGAAAACGUGCACCCAAAUAACAUUUCACAGCCAGCUUUUCCCAUGCAACAGAUGGCAACAGCAGCAAGUUACAGCGCUCACCUUUGCUCCUCUUCGCUUCAACACCGACGAUGCAUGCAGCACUCAAGGUGCAGGGCUGCCUGUACUGGAACAACUCCUUUUGCUCUGCAUUGGGUGGCUACUUUCAGCUUCUCAGGUAAGUGAUUCUUCUCUGUCUUCCAAUUCAGAGGUCACUUGCAUACCAAGAACCACCUCAUCCCCAUCUUUUCCAAGCUUUCACCUUUCGUCCCUUUGAUUUUAAGAGCAGCAUAGCUCUUAGGAGGCUAUAAUAAGAGAUGAGAUUAAAGAUGAUUGUCACGCAUAGGAAUUAAUGAUGCAGAAUCCUAAAACGGUCUCUUUAGUUUUCAGUCCCUUUAUUCAAUUAACAUCAUCAAAACUCCUCUAAUGCUUUCAAACAUGAAUUUAAAAGUACUUCCAGUACAGCUCCGCAGAGGAAAUUCUUCUAAUUCUGCUUUUCUAAGAGCAGGAGCUGGAAAAGGAAUGAAAAAUGAAAAGCUGUACAAACUUUUAAUUAUUAAAGAUAAUAAUCCUGACAUAAAUUGCUAGAUUUGACCAAAAUUGACCAAAUCUACAUGAGGGUAUGAGCUUUGAGCCCAGAAAGAUGUAGGAGCUCAAAGAGGAUGAACCAUGGAGCUUCCUCUCACAACAGCUUCCAUGAGACACUGAGAGCAAGUGGCACAAGGAUGGGCAAGCAACCAAACUACUUUGAGCUGCAAAAGAGUAUUAUUAUUUGCAGCUGGUCAGAAUAUACUUUAGCAAUGGACUCUGUGGAGCACUUCCCCUACAAAGACAGGCUGAAGGCUUGUUCAGCCAGAAGAGAAGCUGUAGGGGAACCUCAUUGCAGCCUUCCAGUAUUUAAAAGAGGAUUGCAAAAAGGAAGAGAAUCCAGGUUUUACAAAAGUAGACAGUGGUAGGACAAGGGAGAAUGGUUUUAAGCUUUAAAUUGAAUGCUAGAGGGAAGUUCUUCACAGGGAGAGUGGUGAGGUGCUGGCACAGGCUGCCCGAGAGGCUGUGGAUGCCUCCAUCCGUGGAGGUGUUCAAGACCAGGAAGGACGGGGCCCUGGGCAACCUGCUCUAAUACCAGAUCUGGAGGUUGGUGGUCCCACCUGUGGCGGAGGGAUCGGAACUUGAUGUGAUCCUUGAGGUCCCUUCCAACCCAAGCCAUUCUAUGAUUCUAUGUGAGCUUUCUUAUUGCUCGUAUGUACGCUCACCAGUGGGUCUUAUCAGCAGAUAUAUACAAUGCAAGACCAGCUAUUCAUUAUGUUAAUAAAACCCUAGAAGAUUUCAGAA